AUGCCACCAAAGAAGCAAGUAGAGGAAAAGAAGGUUCUAUUAGGCCGUCCAGGUAAUAACUUGAAGGCAGGUAUCGUUGGUUUAGCUAACGUUGGUAAAUCUACUUUUUUCCAAGCCAUUACUAGAUGUCCAUUGGGUAACCCAGCUAACUACCCAUUCGCAACCAUUGAUCCAGAAGAAGCUAGAGUCAUUGUUCCAUCUCCAAGAUUCGAUACUCUAAGUGAAAUUUACAAGCCAGCUUCCAAAGUUCCAGCUCAUUUGACUGUUUACGAUAUUGCUGGUUUGACUAAGGGUGCUUCUGCUGGUGAAGGUCUAGGUAAUGCCUUUUUGUCCCAUAUCAGAUCUGUCGAUUCCAUCUACCAAGUGGUCCGUUGUUUCGAUGAUGCUGAAAUUAUUCAUAUUGAAGGUGAUGUUGAUCCAGUUCGUGAUUUGGAUAUCAUCAACACUGAAUUGAGAUUGAAGGAUAUUGAAUUCUCUGAAAAGCACUUGGAAAGUAUUGAAAAAAUUACCAGAAGAGGUGGUCAAUCUUUGGAAGUUAAACAAAAGAAGGAAGAAGCCGAAUUGGUUACUAAGAUCAUUGAACUUUUGAAAUCCGGUCAAAGAGUCGCUAAUCAAUCUUGGUCUACUAAGGAGGUCGAAAUUAUCAACUCUAUGUUCUUGUUGACAGCAAAACCUUCUAUUUAUUUGAUUAACUUAUCCGAAAGAGAUUAUAUCAGAAAGAAGAACAAGCAUUUGUUGAAGAUUAAGGAAUGGGUUGACAAAUACUCCCCAGGUGAUUUGAUCAUUCCAUUCUCUGUCUGUCUAGAAGAAAAAUUAUCCCAUAUGACAGAAGAAGAAGCUGAAGAAGAACUAAAGAACCUAGGCGUUCAAUCUGCUCUACCAAAGAUCGUUACCACCAUGAGAGAAAAGUUGGAUUUGAUCUCCUUCUUCACUUGUGGUCCAGAUGAAGUUAGAGAAUGGACUAUUAGAAGAGGAACUAAAGCUCCCCAAGCUGCAGGUGUCAUUCACAAUGAUUUAAUGAACACUUUCAUCUUAGCUCAAGUUAUGAAAUACGAAGAUGUGGUCGAAUACAAAGAUGACAAUGCCAUUAAGGCCGCAGGUAAAUUGCAACAGAAGGGUAAGGAAUACGUUGUUGAAGACGGUGAUAUCAUCUACUUCAGAGCCGGUGCCGGUAAGAAUUGA